UGCAGACCCUGAUGAGGUCAUCCAAAGGGCCAGGUCUCGUUAACCCCCGUCCCGUCAUGACCGACUGAUCGACUUGAGCGAAGAUGAUCAAAGUGGCAUCGAGGUCGUCCUGCGCGCAGCCCCCGGACGCGGUGGACAUCAUCCGGAGCAAGCACACCCGCCGGGUGAGGCUCAACGUCGGGGGUCUCCUCCACGAGGUCCUGUGGAGGACGCUGGACCGGCUGCCCCGCACGAGACUGGGCAAGCUGCGGGACUGCAACACCCACGACUCCAUCAUGGAGAUAUGCGACGACUACAGCCUGGAAAGCAACGAGUACUUCUUCGACAGACACCCCGGCGCCUUCACGUCCAUCCUGAACUUUUACCGCACGGGGAAGCUGCACAUGAUGGAGGAGAUGUGCGCCCUGUCCUUCAGUCAAGAGCUGGACUUCUGGGGCAUCGACGAGAUCUACCUGGAGUCCUGCUGCCAGGCCAGGUACCACCAGAAGAAGGAGCAGAUGAACGAGGAGCUCAAACGGGAGGCGGAGAACAUGAGGGAGCGCGAAGGCGAGGAGUUUACCACCACGUGCUGCUCGGAGAAGAGGAAGAAACUUUGGGACCUCCUGGAGAAGCCCAGCUCGUCUUUUGCCGCUAAGAUCCUGGCAAUUAUCUCCAUCCUCUUCAUCGUGCUGUCCACCAUCGCCUUGUCCCUAAACACGUUGCCAGACCUGCAGGACACUGACGAGUUUGGACAACCCACAGACAAUCCUCAGCUGGCCCACGUGGAGGCCAUCUGCAUUGCCUGGUUCACCAUGGAGUACCUGCUCCGCUUCCUCUCCUCCCCCAACAAAUGGAAGUUCUUCAAGGGUCCCCUGAACAUCAUCGAUCUGCUGGCCAUCCUGCCCUACUACGUCACCAUCUUCCUCACAGAAUCCAACAAGAGCGUGCUGCAGUUCCAGAACGUCCGACGCGUGGUGCAGAUUUUCCGGAUCAUGCGCAUCCUGCGUAUUUUGAAGCUGGCUCGCCACUCCACGGGUCUUCAGUCGUUGGGUUUCACGCUCCGCAGGAGCUACAACGAGCUGGGCCUGCUGAUCCUUUUCCUGGCCAUGGGUAUCAUGAUCUUCUCCAGUCUUGUGUUCUUCGCGGAGAAGGAUGAAGAGGACACUAAGUUCAAAAGUAUCCCUGCCUCCUUCUGGUGGGCUACCAUUACAAUGACCACAGUAGGAUAUGGAGAUAUUUAUCCCAAAACGUUACUGGGAAAGAUAGUCGGGGGCUUGUGCUGUAUCGCUGGUGUGUUGGUGAUAGCCCUGCCGAUCCCCAUCAUUGUCAACAACUUCUCGGAGUUCUACAAAGAACAAAAGAGGCAGGAGAAAGCCAUCAAAAGGAGGGAGGCCCUGGAGAGGGCCAAGAGAAAUGGCAGCAUUAUCUCCAUGAACAUGAAAGACGCCUUUGGCCGCAGCAUAGAGCUCAUGGACAUCAUGGCGGAAAGGAGGGAUGACAGGACGGGACAGAAAGUGCAAGUGAAUCAUGUAUCGCAUAGCCCACAGAAGGGGAAGCCCCAAGUCACGUCUGAAAGGAGUCCCAGUAGCGCCAAGUACAACCUGGAAUCAGGUGACCAGGACCAAGUGAAGCCUUCGGGAAGCCCUCAACAUCUCAGUGCUCGUACGCUGGAGGAGAUGUACGACAACGUGGCCAAGAUGCAGCCGCAGUCGGACCUCAACAGCAAGGAAAAGGUGCCGCCGUCUAAAGCCGGCAGGCACAGAGCGGAAUUUGAGAAGGGAGCCGUCACGGACGUGAGGAGCAUGUCCAGCAUCGACAGCUUCAUCAGCUGCGCCACCGACUUUCCAGACAGCUCCCGUUUCACCGUUCUCAGCAGGGUCACCUCAACCCUGGAACCCACCUUGGAAAUUGAGAAUGAAGGAAGUGCAACACCCCUGACAGGAAGGAGCCCCAAGGAGCAACAUUGUAACAAUCCACUCAAGGGCCCCUCAGUCAGGGUUAGUUUCAGAGGAGGGCGAGAUUCAGGGACGGGGGGGCGCUCGGACGGCUCCUCAGUCCAAAGCCCAGAGGUGUCUGUCUACACGACCGCGAGCAGCAGGACGCCCAACAAGAGCCCGGACAACUUACCUGCACACAUCUUCACAUUCCACGACGCUUCCAUCCACAAAUUCAUCGACGCCGACACGGACGAGGAGGAGCACCUGCACGACGGAUCAGUCAUCGGCCCGGCACAGAGACUCCUGGACAGGACCGGUCCAAGAUUUGGCCAUCAGGGAGCCAACCACAUGGAGGGGCUCCAGAGGAAGCUGGAGAAUCACAGCGCAUGGAAGCGGGACGCGGAGGAGAACCACAUGGCGGACGUCCGGCCACUUCAGGGAGACAAGAGUCAUCCAAAAACGUAAACUUGACGUGAGUGAGUGCACACAGGAACAAGACAAUGACAAGCACAGUGAACUUUGAUAAACGUGAAUAUGACUGACAUUUCCGACAUUUGUAGGAGUAUCCAGAAAAUACAGCACAACAGAUCCUGUGAAGAGACAAAAGUUUUUUCCUUCCUUACUGCUUACUUCUGCAUCCAUUCAUUUAGCUGAAAUCCACUCUGUUUUUACGAGAAUUUAGCAGGAUUUUGUAUGAAAAAAAUAAUGCACUGUAAUUAGCAGAUGACCGUCAGUUUCGGCAUUCCUUUAGAAAUAUUGUUUUGUUCAGUUACAGUGGUGCCUUGAUUUGGGAGUGACCUGAGUUACAAGUUUUACCCAAGUAUUACAUCGCUCUGCUCGUCUACAAAAUAUAUUAUACCCUUGAUUAAUUAGUUAUACAAUUAUACGCACAGGUACAUAUUCUUUAUCUUCUCCAAAAGAUGAUUAUUAUAGCAGCUUACUGCGUCAGUUGUAAAACUCUUCUUCGUGGGAUAUCUAUGUCUGGACUAUACUGCCCCCUGGUGGCCAGGGUAAGCACAACAGAAGGAGCAAAAUGUGUGGCCGGCCCAGAUUGUGGCUUUAAGUGCUUUGAGUUAAAAGCGUGGUCAUGAAACAAAAUCUUAAGUCAAGGAGACACUGUAUUUGAUGACAUUAAUACGGUCAUAAUUAAUACUUAUUUUAAUGUCUUAAUGUUAAUUUUCUUAAAAGAUUCCUGGGUGUUAGGCAAGAAAUGCGAACUAAUAGCUCAAGUGAAGCAGUCUGUAGCAUUAGAUACCGUUUUGUCACUAAAUUCUCUUGAGAACAUCUGAAAGGCAGGAAAAGCUCGUGUGAACAUUUGUACCUUUUGCACUGAGCUUCACCAACACUGCAUGAAAAGACUUUUAUAGACAAAACCCUUUUUGUUUCCUGAAAAGCCGGAGAAUCACUUUAAAAUAUUAAAGGUAUUUCAAUCACG